AUGUCCCUCAUCACCAAAAGCCUCUGGAGGGUUGGACCACUGCCAAAACCCUUAGCCUCAAUUGUCCACUUUCAACAAGCCAGAAAUCUGUUGUACCACCAGCAGUCACGAGAUGUUUCUAUAAUUCCAGGAGGAAAACGUAUACACGUUGCUGGUACACAUCGUUUACAGACGUUGAUUGCCAAUGGUAUCGCUCAGUCUGCAAAAAAUCCACUCAGGAAUCCAGUAACCUUGAUGGUAGCAAACAACGAUUAUAUUCAGCAAUAUGUGGAUACGGACGGCAAGAUUCAAAUAAUCAAAGACGGCAUUGCUACUACCAUGGUAGGAGCUGUCGAUAUGGAAGUUCUUCCUUUCUCAAUGGAAUAUUCUGUUCCUGAUGGAACAUUCCCUCCUUCUAAGAACUUAAGGUACAAACGUUUAUUGAUGGAUACUGCUCCGAAUGAAGAUGAUCUCUUAGUUGAUGCCGUCUCUUCGCUACUUGACAAUGCUCCUCGUAACCUUGACCUGAAGGAAAAACACAAAGCGGCGCGAUUGCCAAUCUCGGAUAUGAAAGUCUGCGAUUUGUCUUAUUUUCUUGAAUUGAACGCAAAAUUUUGUGAUCAAGACAAGAGAAAACCUGUGGAGAAGGAAAAUGUCGUAGAGAUUCGAGCAGCACCAAAAGCUUCGGACCUCGAAGUUGUGCCUAUAACUCACAUGGCCAAAAUCAAUACUGACCCUAUUGAUUAUUUGAUCUACGGCGAACGGCCAAGAGAUCUAAUCAAAUUUUUCAGAAACAUCAAACACAGACUUCGUCCCUCUUCUGUUGUGGUGAUAGUAGGAAACAACCCUGGUCUGGUUCAAGAUCUACACGACCAAGAAUUUCCAGAUAUAUCAAAACGACCAAAUUUUGUUGAAUGUAUCAAUGCCACAUACAUGGGAGAAACUCAGAUUACAGGAAUUUGGGACUCGCUCCGUUCCGUCCCGAUAGUUAGUGGAAAACUCCUUCUAGGUCCACUCGCACGAACCUAUGACGAUGGUAUGACUCCAGGUGAAGUGGAAAAGAGGGAGCAGGAAGUGGAAUGCCUUGUCAACAGGGUAAUGGAUGCACCCCUAUUUGGCGCAGAAAGAAUCGAUAGGCGUGGAUUGGAGAGAUAUAAACUCAAGAAGCUAGUUGCGCGGGCUGUCAUUUAUCCUCUCACCGUUGCGUUCAAUUGCAUGAUGGGCGAGAUCUUUUCGACUGAGGAGCGGGUUACAGAAGCCAGACUGUUAUUCGACGAAGCUUGUGCAGUGAUGCAAUCUCUCGACGAAUCAUUGACUCGUCAAAUUCUCUUGGACAACUUAUUAUGGGCAGUAGUAAGACACCCGAACAUACGUCCUAUCAUGUUGAAGUGUGUCGAGCUCGGGUUUGACACAAACAUUGAUUUAGACAAUGGCUGGAUCAUAAAAAAUGCACCACAGGGUAUGGCUCCAGUUCAUACUAAGUACAGCAAAAUUGUCAAGGAGAGAUCUAGGGAAUCAGCAAAAGCUAUCGCGGCCGACAAAGAAGAAGCGGCAAAAGCAGAAUCGCGACUUAAGAUGGCAAAAGAGAUGGCCGCAAAGAGAAUGAAGGAGAACGAUACUGAGGAAGUAGUCAGAAGGGGCUUCAAAAGAUUUGCCUUUGGAAAAAAGAUCGAAGCUCCAUUAAACGUUCCGGAUAAAACAUACUACAAAACUAGAAGUCCUUUGGAGGCUUCUGGUAUUUGGCAAAAGCUAGAGGCUCCUCUUAAUGGUCGAGUUAAGGAGGGAAGUGAGAGCAAUCCGUCUGUUCAUGUUAAGGAGUAG